AGCUUGUUUUGGAGGAAGUGGCCAGAACUUGGCUAACUGCUAGCACGUUAGCUUGACAAGAAAAGCAAGCGUCAACGAUUAACAGGCUCGCUUCUGUUACACGAAGGGCACAUACAUCUGCAGUGGCAAUUUUGAGUUUCACAAGUAGGGUAGACUGGGAAACUAGAUAUUGUAGGUUAUUCAGCUGUGGACGCUCCAAACGUGUUGCUUUGUUACGGCAGACAUUUAUAGGAGAUAUUAGCCUGUUAGCUAGCCUUGCGUUGGCUAACGCUUGCAGACCGAGGUAGCGGAGAAGUCCACUUUUGAUAUUACUUUACUGCGGGAUCAUCACUCAGCUGUGGGACAAUGACAUCAAGAAAGAAAGUACUACUCAAAGUCAUCAUCCUUGGAGACUCUGGAGUUGGGAAGACUUCACUGAUGAACCAGUAUGUGAAUAAGAAGUUCAGUAACCAAUACAAAGCCACAAUAGGGGCUGAUUUCUUGACAAAAGAAGUAAUGGUGGAUGACAGACUUGUCACAAUGCAGAUUUGGGACACAGCAGGUCAGGAGAGGUUCCAGUCCUUAGGUGUAGCAUUCUACCGUGGAGCUGAUUGCUGCGUCCUGGUGUUUGAUGUGACAGCACCCAACACCUUCAAGACUUUAGACAGCUGGAGGGAUGAGUUCUUGAUCCAGGCAAGUCCCCGGGACCCCGAGAAUUUUCCAUUUGUGGUGCUGGGCAACAAGAUCGACUUGGAGAACAGACAGGUAACAACCAAACGAGCACAGGCUUGGUGUCAGAGCAAAAACAACAUCCCAUAUUUUGAAACAAGCGCCAAGGAGGCUAUCAAUGUGGAGCAGGCCUUUCAGACUAUUGCACGCAACGCUCUUAAGCAGGAGACUGAAGUGGAGUUGUACAACGAGUUCCCAGAGCCAAUAAAGCUGGACAGGAACGAGCGAGCCAAGCCGUCAGCAGAGACCUGCAGCUGCUGAGGACUCUGAGGACCAUCGGAGGGCUGUCACUGCCCCCAUUACCCUGUCUUGCCUUGUCUAUAUAUCCCUUUUCCCGUGGCCCACUGUGUUAAUUCCUAAAGCCGAACAUACAAACAGCGUCCCACUCGUAGAGUAUACUGCGACUACUACUACUACACACAAACACUCACUUCCUAAUGUAUACAAAACACACAUUUUCUAUCAAAAAUAUGAAUUUCCAAGCCCAAAGAACAUCUUAAGGAAACAUACAAUUCAAGCGUAGGAUGCUCACUACUUGAUGUUUUCCAUGUACCUUUUCAUAGCAGUCGUGGUUUGGGCUAAUCUCAUUUUCAAUUUUCACGUAUAUGGUUGCUUUCGAACCCCACUUUUGGUUCUAACCAGUUUUAUUUGGAUACUUUAGGUGGUAAUUUGAAGCAUUAAUAACCGUAUGUUUGUGUUUAGAAGUUAGAAAAGCAAAUUUAGUUGAUUUUCUUUUUUUGAAAUCAAAGUUUCUUGAGCAGUGGUGCUUGUUUUUCUUUUCCACUGCUGCAUAAGUAGUCCACUGUCACUGUUCCACCCGUCUUACUCGUGUGUUGUGGAAUUUGACCAGUUUCACUUUACCUCAUGAAAAAUAAUCCCAUACACAAACAGGGAGCCAGCUGAAGCAGUUUAGAAUGCGUGAAGGAGCAUGUGUGGGUCAUGUUUACGUGCCACCUGAUGAAUUGACACAGCUCGAAUUGAAUUCAGUAAUGACAUUCUUUUUUUUUUUUUCUUUUGCACUUUGCUGUCCUCCACAACAACUGAAUCCUGGUUCAGACAUCUCAUUUAGGAGCCACAAGAAAAGCAAUUGUAGCUCUAGUUGCUGACAUUGUGUGAAUACAGACUCAGCUCCUCUGUGUAAGUACUGUCCCUAACAUAUUAUUUGCUUUUCCUCCAUUGGGAAAAAAUAAGGUUUAUAUUGUAAUCGGUUAUUCUUGGUACAAUAUUCAAUAUGGCAAUGCACCAAUCAAGACAGCGUGUCAUUCUGCCUGAUAGUCCUGAAAAGGAGAGAGGGUUUUUCUCGAGUAUAAAUAUCAUUCAUAACCGAGUACUGUUAGCUAGUACAUUUCUUAUUAUUGCCAUUUAUUGCAAGACUUUGUAUAUUUGCAAACCUCUGAAUCAAGACGUGGGGAUGCAGAAACUUCGGUUGUAAAUCUCCAUAUCUGACUCUGCCAGAUGCUCGUGUUGGCAAACAGUUUAAGUGCUUGACGUUUCUUUUAACCGAUCAGAUCUUUAACUGUCUGUUCGUAUCUGUAUUAUGUCAAACUUUGAAAUACGUCAUUGAUACAUGCAUAAAGUUAGAAUACAUACUGUAACUUUGAAACAAGAAAAAGGUGAGGGGGAAGUCCUGGCAUUCAUCAUUAUCAAUAAGAUAAAUGCAUAACAUCUACAUUCUUUGGAAAUGUCUUUGCGUUUCAAGUAAUAAGGGUAAAUAAAACAUUGAAUAAUG